CGAGUUCUUCGUUCCUCGUGCCACGGUGCCAGCCACCCUCCCUCCCUCCUCACAAGCUCACCACCCAGCCAAGCGCGGAACGACGACAAGACGGACGGGGGAGGCAGCCCGACCGGCGACCAGUCGGGGGGAGUGGUGCGCGCUCGCGCGCGGACCGUUCCACAUGGCUCUGGGAGCGGAGAUGGCGCGGCCGUUCCUGGCCGCGUGCGGCGACGGGGAGGUCUCGGCCAGGGCGGCGGCGGUGGCGUUCCUCGCCGCGGAGACGGGGCGGCCGCUGGACCCGGUGGUCUGGGGCGACGAGAAGCGGAUGAAGCGGGAGCUCGUGGCGUGGGCCAAGGCCGUGGCGUCCAUGGCGGCAGCCGGCAAGAACGCCCCUCGCCGCCGCCGCCGCCCAUGAGCCGCAGGCGUAGAUAGCGUACAGUUUCCAAGCUCGCAGUCACAGGUUGCUGCACACACGCUGCAAUCUGAAUUGCGAGAUGCACGUGCUAUGCAGCUUGUUUGGCGACCUUAUGCUUGCUGUACUUGCUUUCUUGGGGGUGGGGAAGGCUGAUCCAUUUCUUCUUGUUAUAUUGUGUAAUUUUCGUAGUGGGGAGGCGAGGCUAAAAUAGAUGCCCCAUCUUUCUAUUUUGUAACAUAUUAUUUUCUCUGUACAUAUAUAUGAUCGAGAUAUAUACUAUAUUGUACAACAAUUUUAACUGUC